GUCGACUGUUACUUUUAUUUAUUUAUUUAUUUAAUCAGAUUUCAUCUUGAAUUUCUCGAUUUAAAAAGUAGAAGCUUUUGCCGCGUCCGUCAUGAAAAUGGUUUUCCAUCUUUCAUUCGAUUCUCCUCUUGAUGAACAAAUCAAAGAUAAAGAGAAAGAGAAUGGAGCUGCUCCCAGAGGGAGCAAACCAGAAGAAUCGGUUAUGGAUGUUCAAAUCGCUAACCCUUCUCGUCCUUUUCUUCUUUUUCGUUCUUACUACCAUUUGCAGAAGAUAAGGAACUCUCUUUUUGGUCUGGUCUUCUGCUUCCCUACCUCCCUAUUGUCUCUCGUCCUAUUUGUGCCUCUGGCCUACAACGGCGCCAGCAUUUUCUGUCUAAACGUCUCUUUUCCGACCAAAAUCUCGCCGGAAUCUACUGGCUUUACACCUGAAUAUGCAGUAGGACAAACAGCACGAAAAUGGUCUUCUUCGUCUUCCUUAUCCUCCUCGUUCAUGUAUGCUGUCAAGGAGGAAACCCCACCUUCUAAACCGAAGGGACAUGUGCCCCCUUUGCAGGAACAGGAGUCUUCAGUUCUUCCAUGGAACUCUUCUUCGGCUCAGAGAUCAAGGUGUCACAGAAAGAAUGAGCUGAUGUUUAAGAUUCUGCAGCCUACCGCCAUGUCAAGGCAAUUUUCUGUAAGAGUACACGAUUUCUUUCAUGGGUCACAUUCGAAUUCUUCCUGCAAGGUUCGGUUUUUCAUGACUUGGAUUUCUACUUUGGAGUCGUUCGGUUACAGGGAAUUGCUUUCAAUAGAGAGUCUUUUUAAAUCACAUCCAAAUGCUUGUCUCCUCAUAGUCUCCAAUUCGUUGGAUUCAAGUGGAGGAGGCCAACUGUUGAAGCCGUUCGUAAACCAGGGAUUUCGGGUCACAGCAAUUUCCCCUGAUUUCAACUAUAUCUUCAAGAAUACGUCUGCAGAGAUUUGGUUCAAUCGCUUAAAGAAGGGGAGUGUAGAUCCUGGGGAAGUUUCUCUUGGUCAGAACCUCUCCAAUUUACUUAGGCUGACACUCCUGUACAAAUUUGGUGGAAUUUAUAUAGACAAUGAUGUUAUAGUCUUGAAGAGCUUUUCCAAUUUCAGAAAUGCCAUAGGAGCACAGACUAUCGAUCUAAAAACUGGAAAUUGGAGUCGCUUGAACAACGCUGUCAUGGUCUUUGACAAAAAGCAUCCACUCCUCAACAAGUUCAUCGAGGAAUUUGCACUUACCUUCAAUGGGAACAAAUGGGGUCACAAUGGACCUUACUUGGUUUCAAGGGUUGUUUCAAGAGUGAGCGGAAGACCUGGCUUUAGUUUUACUGUGUUGCCACCGCCAGCAUUUUAUCCAGUUGAUUGGAAUAGGGUUCCAAGCCUCUUUCAUGGACCCCGGGAUGCUGCCCAUUUGAAAUGGUUGUCUUCAAAGCUCAAGCACAUUCACAGGGAAAGUUUUGCUGUACAUCUAUGGAAUAAGCAGAGUAGGAAGAUGAAGGUUGAAGAAGGGAGCAUUAUCAAUCACAUAAUGUUGGACUGUUGCAUCUUCUGCAACUAUACAGUAUCAGUCUCAUAAGUAUGCUAGAAAAAUGAGGCAAAUGUGUUGUCAUCUCACUCUCUUCUUUUCUCAUGUCCCGAUCCAGUAAUGUGGCUAUGGACCAACUCAGUCCAUUCCAUUGUUUGUGUCAGAAAAAAGGAGUAAGAAAAAGAAAAGCUUUUCUUUCAUCCAUCAUAAUCUGAACAUAAACAAUUGAGUUUAUGUAACCUACACUGUACUUUGUCUUCUUGCCAGAUCAAUUAAGGCAGUCACGGAAGACCAUUUCACUUAUUCAGUUAUACACAAUUUCUAGAAUAUCAGUGUUGAUAAGA